AUGAAACUUCUUAAAGCGCCCACUGUUGGCGCAAGUAACUCGGGGGUCAGUGAUCCUGUAGAUGAUCUAACAGGCGUUGGUCUAGUAAUAAUGCCAGAAUAUCUUGCUCUUGUUCGUCGGCUGCAGACAUUUUAUAGAAUGGAGCCAGCUGGUUCGCAUGGUGUUUGGAGCUUAGACGACUUUCAAUUCGUUCCUUUUAUUUGGGGAAGUAGUCAGUUGUAUGACCAUCCGUCAUAUGGACCAUCUUCGAUAAUUGAUAAAAGUGUAUCCGAGCGCGAAAAAAAUAGUUAUCUGUUUUUCUCAUGUAUCGAUUACAUCCACCAAGUGAAGAUUGGGCUUUUUCAAGAGCACUCUAGUACCCUUUCUAGCAUAAGUGAGCUUCCCCAUUGGCACAAAGUGAAUUCGGGCCUUAUCAAGAUGUACAAAGGAGAGGUUCUUGACAAAUUUCCUGUCGUUCAGCAUUUUCUCUUCGGAGAAUUGCUUACUAUGUCACCUUGCAAAUUGCUCGUGUCUAGGCCAUCGCUAUCUUCUAGAUUCGCUUCUGGUAUCGCAAGCUUGUCCUCUAUGCCGCCACCUUCCUUGGCCUCAACUGACAAAGAUUUUGCAACCCAUAACCCCUAUGAAGAUAUAAAAAAUGACUAA